AUGGCUUCCGCUAUCGUGGACGAGUAUUUGGAGACGCCGAUGGAGGCCGACGAUGCGUUCCCCUGUAAGGGCUGUGGUGAGAUACUGGAAGAAGGCAAAGCUUUUGAGUUGGCUGGCAACCGAUGGCAUCUCGACUGCUUCCGCUGCACCUCGUGCGGUUCUCUGCUCGACUCCGAUGCCAACCUUCUCCUGCUCGGCGAUGGCUCCCUCAUCUGCAACAACUGCACAUACAGCUGCACUGCGUGUGGCAACAAAAUCGAGGACCUGGCCAUCCUGACAGGCGACCAGGCCUUCUGCUCGACAUGUUUCCGCUGCCGAAACUGCAAGCGCAAGAUCGAAAACCUGCGUUAUGCGAGGACGUCUCAGGGCAUUUUCUGCAUGGACUGCUAUGAGACUUUGAUGGCUAGGAGAAGGAAGAAAUCAAAAGCGGCCGCAGCAGCAAAAGCUCGAGAGAAAGAACAGGCACCCACGGUGCCGGAAAAGUCUCUUCCGGCCCUCCCACCCGGUGCGAUUCCGAACAAUGCCUUCUCCGACGACCGCGUCGACCCCGACGGGCCCACGGAGUUGUCUCCUCGGCCUCGCACUGGCCAUCGACACAACGAGUCGUCGUCUAGGGGCGGUUCCAAGGCCUCGCGCUCUCCGGAGCGUGCAGCUGCUGAUGCGACCAAAGACGGCCUCAACCUUCCCUCAACUACAUACCGCAGAAACCGCAACUCGACCAUCACUUCCAACAACGGUGAUGGUGGUGACGGCUUUUUGAUAUCCGUGGCUCUUGAUACGAGCCCAACGCCCAAUGGUGCCCAGAAGGAGAGCACUGGUGAGAAGAAGAAGGACAAGGACCACAUCCGACCGACCAUGACUGACAAGCGCGCCGACUCGCACUCUUCCGCUACUCACAUUGCCUUCCUGGGCGCCGCCGCAGCUCCCGACCCUUCGCAGACCAAGUCUUCGUCUCGUUCCACUUCCAAGUCGGACCCGGCCAAGGCAUCCGCUGAUGAGGCUCCGAGGAAGAGGAGACCUACAGAAUCGCGGACUGACAGCUCGCAAUCUGUCCCUCAGCAACAGGAAACCCCCAGUCGAACUGGCACCAGUACUCCACGCAAGGACAGCACCUCGCAGCCUGAUUCACGAAAGGCCAUGGACAAUACUCCCGGAUCGCGAAGCUCCUACGAUUCCAAAACGCAAGACGAAGCUGAUUCCGCCCCAAAGAUUGGACCACGCUCUGACAGUGUCAAGAGCAUUCCGCGAAAGGAGGUUCCGUCGGCACCUACCCGUCCUGGUAUUACCCUCCCCCUCCACCCCCUUUCAUAUCCGCCACGCAAUAAAUUCACCCCAAGUGCCGCGCAGGGCAAAUCUUCCACUUCUGAAGAUGCCAACGUCUCGACCCCACGCCAGAGCCCUCCCUCUCGGUCUGGUGCAGCUGACAAGCCCUUGACUGACACCUACAUGCAGCCCAGAGCGGCUCCUGUGCCCCCAAGUAGCCAAGCCCAGACUCCGCCCAAGGAGGGUACACCUGCAGCUAAGGGUUCUCACGCCUCACCUACUUCGCCGAAGCUUCCUAGGUGGAGCAGCGGCGCAGAUUUCACCAUGGAAGAGGACAUGGUUAGGAUCCUUGGCUCUGAUGAGGGCUCGUCAUCUAUCCUUAGACGUGUCUCCAACGCUGUCCGCCACGGCCGUACAAGCAGCGUUGAAUCCAGCCAAAACCAUGCCGCCUCUCGAGGCUCCCACACCCGAAGCAUUAGCGAGACGACGCGUGGUGCUAUUUCGCCUCGCUGGCCCAAGACGGACGAUGCAAACGGUCAGGAAGGUGGCAGCCCUGCUUCGCUCACAUCUCCGGAUAACGCCAUCGUGCUCAAGCAACAGCUUAGAUCCUCUGAGCUGCGAGUGGCCGAGUUGGAGAGGCAGUUUGGCGCCGAGAAGGAUCUGCUGAACAUUAACCAGAAGCUCAUUGAAAAGAGAAAGACCGUUUCCGUACUGGACACCCAGACUGAGAUUAUGAUUCGACAGCUUGAGGUCCUGGCUGGAUAUGUUGAGCGGGCAAAGGAGACACAGGCUCCUCUCAAUGUCCAAGAGUUGGAGGAAUCCGCCAUCAAGGAGUUCGUUGAAAAGCUCGAAAAGGUCAAGCAGUCCUUUACCGAGGAACUCGAACGUCUCCACGAGGAGCGUGAUCAGCUUCUUGAAGAAAAGAACCAGGCUGUGACGGACCGGGACCGUGCCCUCAUGGAGUUUGAGCAGCUGGCCUCCAAGAACGCUCAGCUUACGGACAUGAACAACGAUCUCACGCACCAGAUCCAGGAACGCUUCAAGUCCCAGAUUGGAGAUGGCAAGUCAAACGGCUUGGGCAUCUACGGCCAGCACAAGGGCGCUUCAUCCAUCAACCUUGACAGUGCAAGCGUUACUACUGGCACUACCCUUAUCGCGGACGAGGACCCAACCAUUGUUGAGCACGGGCCUACUGUGGUUCAUGUCAGAAAAGGCCAAGUCAAGAAAUUCAACUGGAAGAAGGGCUCCAAGACCAUGGCACAGAACAUCACAAAGGGUGUCGGCCGUGCUGUCGUUGCUUUCCAGAACGAUCGCGAGAGAAUGCAGCAGCAAGGCUUGGCUGGUGACAGCAUUGGCCUGCCGUACAACAUGACUGUGGCCCAAGGAGAGUCCGCCAAUCCGACGUCGGCCAACCCUCCAGCUGGACGACAGCACCAACAACAGUUUGGCUUCUUUGGCAAAAAGAACGCAGCUGCCAAGGGCGGACCAGCUACCCAGGCCAACAUUGUGGUGGCGCAAGCAGCUCCAGAGCCUGCAUCGACUCUGUUCGGAUCCGAACUUACAGAGAGAUGCGAUUACGAGCACCGCCAGAUCCCAAGUGUGGUGACGCGAUGCAUCGAAGAGGUUGAGCUGAGAGGCAUGGACCAGGAGGGUAUCUACCGAAAGACUGGCGGUAACUCUCAAAUCAACCAAAUCAAGGACGGCUUCGACAAGGACGAAGACUAUGACAUUUCAGACCCUGACAUGGACAUUACUGCCGUCACGAGUGUCCUGAAGCAGUACUUCCGAAAGCUGCCCAACCCCCUGCUGACAUUUGAUGUCUAUGAGAAAGUACUGGAGUCUAAUGCUAUUACCGAUGAGGCUGAACGGUGCUCUCAUCUGCACAAGGUCUUUACUUCAAUGCCUCAGGCCCACCGGGACUGUCUAGAAUUCCUCAUGUUCCACCUUCAUCGCGUGGCAAUUAGAGAGCCUGAGAACUUGAUGUCGCCUAAGAACUUGGCCGUCGUGUUUGCUCCAACCAUUAUGCGGGAUCUCAGCAUUGAGCGUGAAAUGACGGACAUGCACAACAAGAACCUUGCCGUUCAGUUUGUCAUUGAAAACACUCACAGAAUCUUCCAGGAUGAAUAA